AUGCCAUCCAGAUUUACUAAGACAAGAAAGCACAGAGGUCACGUCUCAGCCGGUAAGGGUAGAAUCGGUAAGCACAGAAAGCAUCCCGGUGGUAGAGGUAUGGCCGGUGGUUUGCACCACCACAGAAUUAACUUGGAUAAGUACCAUCCAGGUUACUUCGGUAAGGUCGGUAUGAGAUACUUCCACAAGCAACAAGCUCAUUUCUGGAAGCCAGUCUUAAACUUGGACAAGUUAUGGACUUUGAUCCCAGAAGAAAAGAGAGACGAAUACUUGAAGUCCUCUUCUAAGUCUGCUGCUCCAGUUAUUGACACUUUGGCUGCCGGUUACGGUAAGGUCUUGGGUAAGGGUAGAAUUCCAAACGUCCCAGUUAUCGUCAAGGCUAGAUUCGUCUCCAAGUUGGCUGAAGAAAAGAUCAAGGCUGCUGGUGGUGUCGUCGAAUUGAUUGCUUAA